CGUUCGGGAAUCGGCUCGAAAAGGGCAACUAGGCUCAAGCACUGAUUUAGUGUAAAUAAAUUCGGUGCACGUUAUUUAUGACUCCUUUUGAAAUGCGAUCCCGGUUUAGGAAAUAUUCGGUUGACGAACGACGAACGACGAACGACGUGUCCACUCAAAAGAUAAGUAAUUGGCUAGGCAGGAAAUACGAAACAAUUGAAUCAAACUGUAAAUAACCGGGCCGAGAAUAAAGGAUCGGUCGGGUUGUAAAUUUACGAAGUAACCGGUCGUCUCGUUGAGGCAACACAAAGAUUUAUGUUAUAUAUUUCAAAAACGAUAAAUUUACAUGACGGUUUCGUUACCCGAAGUUUUCGAAAUACAGAUCCGUGCACCUCUUUUUCGUAUGUUUAGGCGAAAGUAACCUUUUUGUUCUCUACCUGUCGUUUUUCCUUCGUUAUUAUUUGCCGGAAUGCGACUUGAGUGAAACGUAUUUUUUCAAAAGGAUUAAGUGUGCGUCCGAACAUGUUUUAUGAGUUUUUUCGGCCGGGGAAGAUUCUCGAUUCUUACCUUUGUUCGGAACUUUCUCUUUUACUUGACCGUACGAAAAUUCACGCACGUUAGCGCGCAAAGAGGAUCACGCGCGAGAUUCGUCGUGAUUUUUCCUGCGGUACUCGAUACGGCGAUUAGUUUUGACGCGAAUUUGAUUGUGUGUGUGUGUUUUUGGCAGCGUCGAAUCGAGUUGGCGAACUGAUGCAGUUUUAUACGUUGUGCAUGCAGGUGAGAUGGAUGUGAAUUGAAUGCAAUCGCGCAAUUGCGUAAUCGAGUGAAAUUAUGGAACAGUUAAUGAUCCACAUGCAGAAAAUAAGAAUAAUUAUAUUGUAGGAUACUCGAGUUUUUAGGCGCUCGAUGAUCCUCGAUGUCAGCGUGGAGUUGAGAGCGAUGGCCUCCGGAGACGACGUAGUGGCGGGUGAUCCUUGGCGUAGCGUGUGUCUUGCAGAUGUGCGGGCGCACGUACGAACACGUUUCAUUACCUGUUUCCCGAGGUAGAAAAUAUGUGCGUCAACGCGAAGGUAAUAUAAUUAAAUGAAAUCGGCAAUUUACAAAUUUUACAACGUAAAGCUCUGAUCGAGCGAGUAGCUACGAAGCUACCUCGAGAUUCUGAUCGCGAUAUUAACUUCGCAGCGGUAUUAACUUGAGAAUAUACUUGAUAUAAUCUUUGAUCGUAAAUUCACACCUCACGGGAAGAAACAUACAUCACGUGUCAGGCUUAUGAAACUACAAUUAGGAACAACUUUGUGUUUGGACGAAACAUCUAACUUAACUGUUGUUGAGAUUUAGACUAGUGACUGUGAACGUUGAAAUCACGCACUAUAUGCGUGCGAGCGGCGCGCUAUUUUCCGGCAGGGUGGGAGAAUUUCGCAAGCAGGGAGUUUGCCUGUCCCUGAGGUAGUAUGUAUCGAACGUUUUUGAAGAAACAACGUUAAUAUAUCUGAGCCGCUACCGAGCAAUUAAAUGAUAAGUUAAAGUUAUGUGACGCGAAAGACCCAAGAUUGAUAAGUUAUUAACCGUGGUAGUAUAAUAAAGAAAUUUUGUGUAAUUUGACCAGUCGCCAUUCGUGCGGCAGGCCAAUUCGCUGCGCUCUAAAUAGAUGUACAACUUGACAAACCAGCACAAAUAUACGCAAAGAAUUAAAGUCUACAACUGUAUUACAGCCUUACUGAAAAUAGAAAACGCAGAGGGAAACCAACUUCAUACGCUUAAAAUAUGCAAUUAAUUUAAAACUUAUAAAUGCUUGAAACAGCCUUUAGCUUACACAUUAGUGAGUAUUAUAAACAUAAUAGGAAUAUAAAAAGAGAGUUUUGUUCCCGGAGCUCCGGGGGAGGGGGGGGGGGGGGCGAGUGUGCGGGAUGGGUCUUGUUAGCGCGGGAUAUGACGUCACGCCGGCGGGGGUAGGUGCAUGGUGACGAUUUCAUCGGAGAAGGGUGGGCGAGCGACGUUUAGACACUUAUGAGGUGUUAUAAACAAGGGUAGCAUGCGCUCGUGAGAAAAUAUCGGUGGCGCAUAAUAAUUUGGACGAUUCUUAUUGUUUAUGUCGUUUACGUCUUCUUUUUCUCUCGCCUUCUUAUUCGGUACUAUCUGGAUUAAAAGUAAAUCUGAUAACAUUGCAACGCAUAAUUGAACAUAUUGCGAUAUGUUUUACUAUUCCAUAUCGCUUUCUUUCGCUUUAUCCCUCACUUGCUUGCGAUAUUUUUUAUUUAGAAAAAAAAGUAUAUGAAAUAAAAGAAUACGAAAUAUGGAAUUUACUAAACUCUUUUUAUUGUCGGAUUUUCAUGAUUUAGCGUCGACACAUCGGCUCUUGAAAUUUUUUUAAGUAAACGCUUUAUUUUUUAGUCUAGCGCCGGUAUUUCGGCCGCUCUUACAUAUAAAGAAUGUGCUUAGUGUAAAAAUGAAUGCACCAUUGUUAUCGUCAGACCUGGCUCGAAACUGCCUUCACAUGUUACUGACCCACUCAACAAUAAUUACUAUUGGAUCAACGGUUGACCACAUAUCGUUUCAAAGGAUUUUUAAUCGCUAUAAAAAAAGGUUUUUGCGUUUUUUUACGUUUAGAUAAAUCCUACGCUUCCCAGCUCAUGGCCUGUCGAUUUUUUUUAGUAGUUUGCUAAGACGUACACUUGUAUCCAGCAGAAGGCGUGAGUGGUGAAAUAUUAAAUAUUAUUUUAUUUUUUUCCGUGAAUUUAUGCGGGCGAGGUAUCGGUGCGUCUCGAUCAUACCGCGCCAGCGAAAAUAUAGAUAUUCCCUCAUCGACGCCGAGAAAUAUAAUACUAAGAGAGCCUAAUAUUAUUGCGCGGGCCUGUAGGCCAACAGGUAAUUUAGUAAUAGCGAUUGCUAGUUAAUAUAUAAAUACCUGUAACAAAUUUUUAAAAAUAAUUAUAGUUUUCUUUAGCCCCGGUUCCCACAGUCAGAUAUUCGCAUUUGCGGAUUUAUAAAUAUUGAAGAUACGAUGUGAACGCGGUUGCUCCGCAAAGUCGAUCGAUAUCACAACGAUGACUUGCUUGAUGAUCGCAGUCCAUUGGCAAGUACGGGACCGCGGGCGUUCUUGAUCUGAGGCGGCUUUUUGACAUGCCACCCUUAUUCGGAGAUGAUUAUGAAGAUUGUUGGCCUUAACGAAAAAUGUUUAUAUCAAUUUAUAAAUAUUUAUAAUCAAUUUAUAUCAUAUUUAUAAAAAUAUAAAAAAUGUAGUAAAAGAAAUAUAUACAUAUUUGCAAAAAUUAUUCUUAAUUAUUCUAUGCCUUUACUCACACUCAACGUAACAACGCCCGUACCAUCCAUCGCUCUCAUCCCUCCCGUAGGCUCUCACUCGCAUUCGUCGUUCCUACUCAUCGCACUCUCUCACUCGCACACAUUGUUCUUACCCAUCGCAUGCUCUCGCUCCCACACAUCGCGUACAUAUUCUCAUGCGCUUUCGCUCCUACUCGUACGCCGCCAUCUUUACACGUUCUCAGUCUCACUCAUGCAUAACACAGAUAAACGUGUAAACUUAAAAUUACACAGAAAAAACAUGUUACAUUAACACACUUGGAUUUGCAAUAUAGUGCGACUACCAGACGGAACGCGAUGGUGCCCCAUGUAUUAGCAAAGGAUUGUCACAUAAUGUUUUUACAGAUUUGCGGCUAGGUUAUACAUAUAUGAUUACGGGUUCACUCGUUUUAAUUGAGUGAGAAAUUUUACUUUAAAAAGUUUAUAGUAUACGUAAAAUUAUAUAUAAUUUUAUAUAUAACGUUGUAUGUUAUAUAAUUUUAUACACACGUAUUAUAUGUUCGACUCGUCCCCUCCACUGGGACCGGCUGUCUUACAGUUUUCAAACUUCUACUACAUAGGGUGCGUUCAAGAAGACGCUGUUAGCGCUACCAGCAUCAGUCUAUCUUUAUUACUUAUUAAAGGUAGAACAAGGAUAGCCGUCGCUACAGAGGGGCUGAAGAAUUAAAUGUAAGGGCCAAUCGCGAAAGAAUUAGUGAGUGCUCAGUGUACGAUUGGUUCUUGUUCUUGGUUCUUCGUCCCCUCCACAACUGUGUCUCUGUGACGGAAGCCUUCGAAUCGCUACCUCGGAUACGACUCCUUCUCUCGUUUUCUUACCACCUCUUCCUCCCCUCCGCCACUAUACGCUUCUUCCCUCUCUCAACCGCUCAUUUCUCUUCUAAUAUAAUCGUUGCACGCCGCUAGAUGAUCCGCAGAUCCUUCAGGUCGCUACCUAGCUCUGGAUGUUCUUCGUUUGGACGUUGAGUGCGAAGCGAACUUUGUAUAUUAAGUGAUUCCGUGAGUGAAUUCUGAACUGAGAACUGUUGCAAGUUCAUCGAAUUCGUCCCUGCUCAAGGAAACAUCAGCCGAGGACUGCACAGCCUCCACCUCAAAGCAGAAUCAGGACGAAAUUCAAAGAACCGAUACUGACCUAGGUAAAUUUGCCUCCAUCAAUCGUUUUCAAUGUCUAACAAGUAACUUAGAUUUACACGGAGAGAAUAUUCUACUACUUUUUAGAGAAGAGAACUUUAUUAAUUUUUUAGUAUGCUAAAUAAAUUUAGUGUGGUAAAAAAACCUAGGAAACAUUUAUACAUACAUUCAACCGAUUUCUAGAAAUAACCAUACCAAAAAUCAGUAAUGUCUUUUUCUUCUGUCGCGUUGCCAUUUCGCUUAUUCCUCUUUUGUUUCUUUUCUAAAUCUAAAUAGUAUUACUCAAAAAUCAUAAAUUAAUAAAACCAUGAUUUUAAUAAAACUAUAUUUAAAACAUUUAUUUAACUAUAUAGAAACAUUUUUAAACAUAUACAUACUUCUUAUAUCCAUGUUUUUUGAAUAAAAUAACGAUUAUUUACAUUAAUUGGCAUGGUAACAGAUUAAGUUUUAAAGUUUGCGGUAUUGUUGGUUUAUAUCUCAAUUGUCAAUUGAAAUUUUUGAUAUAAAUUUAAUCUAAAAUUAGAAAAAGAUGUAUUAUUUAAUAUUUUUGUCAAAUAUAUUUUCUAAAACACGACAAAAUUGGAAUAUUAGUUACUAAAAGUUGGUAGUUCAGAUUCUCCAGUGAAACUGGACAGACAAAAGACUUUUUUUCCUCUGGUUUUAUACCUAAGACCCGACGCUUCUCCAAUAUUCUUUUGUUUCUUUGUGCAAGCAGUGAAAUUGCUUGCCCCGGAGAAGGUUGUCGAAUUUUUCGUUAAUAUUUUUCGGCUAACCGCCUUAAGCGUCUCUUACCCUUUCCAGUACGUCCACUACCUGAUCAUACAGGUAGUACUUUUCGUCGGUUAACGCAUGUUUCUCCGAGUCGGAGUUACCGCCUGAGCUUAGUAAAAAGAAAAUUUAUUGCACCUAUUCAUUACUUAUUUUAUUUCCUUUAUUUUUUUUUCUUCUUCUUGGGGAUUAAAUAAUAUUGUAUAAAAAAAUAUUUCUGUGUAAUCUUACAAAAUACUCGCUCAAUUUUAUAUAAAUUAAUUAUUUUGGUCAAAUUUACAAAUAUAGAAAAUUAAUUAUUGAGAAACGUUUCAAAUAUUAUAAAAUGCAAUUGGAUCAUAAGAUGAAAUAAAACAUGUGUUUUAAUUUUCUUAUUCGUAUUUAAGCCUUAUAUGAUAAAAGUAUGAGGAAAAUAAAGCUAGAUUAUACACAAAGAAAAUUUUAUUAUAAAAGUUACCAUGGUAAAUAAUAAAAACGGACCAAGCAAGUAAUUAUGAAAAUUUUUACUAUUUUUUUCAUUAAUUCAUCAUAGUAUUUACAAUAUAUAUGGUAAUUUAGCUACAUCGUACUAUUAAAUUUUUUCUGUGAAACGGUACAAACAAUACGUCAUAAAUCUUCGGAUAUAAUAUAUAUAUAUUUUGCUUUCAUAAAUAAAUUUUUUUCUAACAAAUAAAUAUCGAAGAAAACGUUAUAAGAUAUUUGGUUCUCAAUACUUUGACUUUUUUCUCUCAGUGUGCAACAAAUACGAUUGAUACGACGGAUAUUUCUGACACUAUCAAAUAUCGCUGCGCUGUACUUUUUCGUUUACGUAAAUACGCGUGUAAGCGCAAUACAUUAUCUUAUAGCACGCAAUAAUCGGCUAAGUGCAAAAUGAAAAUUGACGAUUUUUCAUUGUGCUUCUGUUUCAGACUAUUGAUUGACGUUUCCGGGCGUAGCCAUCCUUUUUCGAGGGCGACUCGCAGCAGCUAGAGCCUUUGCCAGCAUCCGCACGUUUUUAAUUUAAUAAAUAAUUGCGCCAAUAUGAAACUCGACGCUUAUCACACGCAUUACAGUACGAGUCACAGCAAAAGCAGUGGCGGUGGUGACGAAUUGUGUCCUAGAGCGAUGGCUUCCGUGUCGUGCGGACAACUUUUGGUGCUGAGGAAGCUGGCACUGAUGAAACUGACGGCGUGCAUGGAACGACAUUGUCCAACUCAUCGCACUGGCUGGAACUGGCAACUUCCGAAGUUUAGGAGGAAAAUUAAGUCGCCCGAUUACAACGACAAGGCAGUUUUCGGAGUGCCGCUUUUAUUAUCUCUGCAGAGAACUGGUCAAGCAUUACCAAGCUGCAUUCAGAUCGCCCUAAGAUGGCUGAGAGCUAACGCUAUAGAUCAAGUGGGCAUUUUUAGAAAGAGCGGCGUCAAAUCUAGGACACAAAAUUUGAAAGUCAUGAUGGAGACCGAGGGGGAUAAUGUUAAUUUUGACGGGCAGCAGGCAUUCGACGUCGCCGAUCUUCUGAAACAAUAUUUCAGGGAGCUGCCGGAGGCUUUGUUAACAAACAAGCUCUCAGAGAUAUUUAUCGCCAUUUUCCAACAUGUCCCGGUGGAGUUACGACCUGAUGCCGUGCAGUGCGUCUUAUUGCUGCUUCCGGACGAGAAUCGUGAAGCAUUGGAGAUCCUGCUUGACUUUCUCAAUCACGUUGCCAGCAACUCGCCCUCCAAUCAGAUGACAGCCUCGAAUCUGGCUGUGUGUCUGGCUCCGAACCUGUUUCAUUUUAAACACAGCACGGAUGUGACGAACAGCGUGUCGCCACGUAGGCGAAAGACCAUGGGCAUUCCCGAUCAGCGGGAACUGUCGGAAAACAAAGCAGCUCACGACUGUCUUUUGUUUCUGAUCAAGAUGCAUCGUGAAUUAUUUAUGGUCUCGUCGGACAUGCUGUCGCUGUGUCACUUCCGCAUUAAGUAUGUGGAAGAAAUUUCGGUCGCGAUAGACGAACUCGGCCCGGAAAUGAAACAGGAUUGGAAGGGUUACCUAUACGCCUGCACCAUAGAGUUGCUGAAGGAAGUGGGAGAAAAAAGUUGCGAUUGGGUCACGGUAGACAGUCCUGCCGAUAACAGCGUGGAAAUGGCGUAUAAAAAGGUCGGCGACGGGCACCCGCUUCGUCUCUGGCGAGUGUCGACUGAAGUCGAAGCUCCGCCAAACGAAGUGUUGCAUCGUGUUCUAAGAGAAAGGUACACCUGGGACCCGCAACUGUUAACGUACAGACUGGUGACCAAGUUGGACACCAAUGCGGAGGUCGUUCAAUACUCCACCGGGAACAUGAGUCCUUUGCCCGCUCGAGAUUAUUGUGUAGUAAGAUCUUGGCUUAAUCUUGCCAAAGGUGCUUGCGUCAUUGAUGAAACAUCCGUGCAUCAUCCUGACGCUCCUGUCAUGCUCGGGGGAACUCGCGGCAUCGUUUUGGCCUCGCGUUAUCACAUCGAACCAUGUGACAGCGGCAAAUCCCGCAUUAUGCAUUUAACCAGAGUCGAUAUGAGGGGUCGCACACCUGAGUGGUACAGCAGAAGCUACGGGCAUAUCGCUGCUCUCCAUCUGAGCAAAAUUUGCAAUUCCUUCAAACGUACCACUGAUGGGUAAAAGAAAGUAAGGUUUGAGAAUCGAGUACCGUGCAACAGCCAUCGUUGCACGGAUCUGCCUUUCCUUCCUCCUCUUCGUCUCACACUACAAGUAGUACUCGUCGAGCAGCAUUAUGACCAAAGGAUCCUAAAGGACGUACUACAAGUCCACCCUACCAUCGACGACGAAUAAUCGGUCAGUGCAAUCAGCAAUCAAAACCCACCGAUGUCGUCGGUAACUUUAUUCAGUAACUGUUUUUAAAUUCAACAACCUAUUUUAUUGUAUAAUAGUACAAUAGUACAAUUCUUCUCCGUAUGACGUUUGUAUACGGUCCAAGAAUCUUGCCGUCCGUUUGUCAUAAGAGUUUUGAAGAUGCGUGAUACAAAGAAUAAGAAUGAACAAGUUGCUCAGCAAUUUUAAUAAUGAAGAUGGCUUAGACGCGUCUAUCAGUAAAUUAACUAUUUUGGGAUACAAAGGACGACUCGUUAUUUUUGCAGUUUUGAUGCUGUUUUAAUGUUAUUUUGAAAAUUUAUAGAUUCUAUUGAAUCUCGACUUUGCAUUUGAACGCGAUUCUUGCAAUCGCAUCUUACUGCAGUUUUUUCUUUCUUUUUUUUUAAUAUGAUGGCAUUUUAAUGCUAAAAAUUGAAAAAUGGUCAAUAAACACUUUCAGUUGUGAGAUAGAAAAUGAACGUCAUUCGGUGUCUUCGAUAACUAUAUCUAUGUGUUUGUGAGAAUAACGACUCUCCAUGGAUUUAUUUUGUAUUGCUGCAAUUUCAUAUCUUUGAUAAAAAUAAGAGUAAAAAAAGAAUGUAGGAGCACGAUCAAAUAAGAAGUGAUAUUAACGAUAUUUUCUAAUAAGAAAUGACACUGACGAUAUUUUUCCGUAUCUUAAUCACCGAUACAACUUUCUGCAUAUAGUCAUUUUGGUUUUUACAAAUUAUGUAGAUUACAAAAUAUACACAUAUACACACAGCUGAAAUUGUUUAAAAGUUUAUUUUUAAAGGCUAAAAAUUCAUUAUUAAACUUUAUAUCAAUCAUUUUUCUAUAACGGAGACAAGAUCUCAAAAUAAACAAAUAAAUCUGUGGGACCAAGUUUUGUCGUGAUAAAGCCGCCACAGAAUAUUCUACAGAUACUUAAACUUAAUAGAAUACAGUCGUGUAUUAUAGAAGCUGUUGUUGUAAACGAAAUUGUAUCUAAGUUGACGUCGUUUGUACGUAACUGUUUGUGAUGACGAUAUAUAUUAAUCGAUUAACGUUUCCAUCAGUCGCCUAAAAAUGGGACAAAGCUUAAGAUAGGGUGCUGUCUUAAAGUACAAAUUUCACGUGAAUUUCGUAUAUUUUUUUUGGACCAAAUGCCAAUUUUUCUAGUCACAUAGCUUUAUCACGUUAAAGUAAUCGAGGAAUUUUCUUCCUCUCCUAUAAAUGUUGUCAUACGUAGACGAGCAAAUAUGUAAAUGUCGCAUACGCAUGUACAUCACGCGUGUCUAUUUAUAAUCGUGUUUGUUACAUGUAAAAAAGAAAACUACGCCAUUUCAGUGUCGAAGUUACACGAUACACUGUUGCGCCGUUUAAGUUGUUGUAAAAAAAAAUACAUAAUGAGAAUGCAGUCAACGUAAAAAUAACUUGUUAUAACUUUAGCUGUUUGAAAAAAUUGUGCCGAUUAUUUCUGUUUUCUUACAGCAUUAAAUGUGAUUUUAUUUCGUUUUUUUUAUUUAUUUAUGAUCGAAAUAAAAUAGUAGAAAUUUUCUUAUUUUUUGUGAAACUAAAAAAUUCCGCCUGCAGCGUUAUGUAAAUAAAGCAAUGCAGCUCUAGUAGUUAUUAUAGGUUUAUCGUCGAAUCAUGAUUGCGAUUGUUUAAACAAUGUGAUUUUGAGUAAAGCGUAAAUUUCUAAAUCUUGUUAAUUGUUCCAUCGUGCGAGUGCCGAACGACUUCAUUCAACGUAAGCAAUUGUCAUCGUACUCGUGUCUAUGUCAAGAGUUAAAAUGAAAAAAUGUCUGUCGCGAGGGACCAUCUCAUGGACGUAACAAAUAUAAUUGAAACGUGCAAAAGAUAAGAAAUGUAAGGAGAAAACAGUAGACUGAAAUGGUCAACAUACGCAUCAUUCAUUGCCAACGUGAGAUGUGUUGUGCCAAACGAGCAAAACUUUAUGUCGAAGUGAAACGAAUUGAAAGUAAUUAUUUGCUACGUCCAUGGUUCAUCUUUGUUUGUACCCCAAACAGAAAGAUGACCUGCGUAAGAUGCAUCUCAUCGAAAUGAAACUCUAGUGUAUUUUAACUUAAUACUAGUCACUUAAUACUAGUCACUUAUAUUAUAAAGAAUUAUAGAUUGUUGCAAAUAGAUUGUCAUUAUACAACGUAGCGCCGAGAAUAUGUAAAAUAUUAUUAAUUACUAUUAUAUAUAUUAUAUAUCGACGUUGAGCAAUUAUACAAAUAUAUCAUAUUUUUGUGUAAAAAAAAACGCCAGUAGAAACGCGACGACCGAAAUGGAGAAAUGCAUUGUCAGCGUUUGUUCAUAUUUGUAACGAUAUAUGAACGUCUUUAAUUCUUGUAAACCGUUCCAUUAGAAUGUAAAUACGUAUAUUAAAUAAUAAUAAGCAACACACAAAGUUAUAUAUUUAUUAAGCAACUUCCUAUUCUAAUGAUCCGCCUUCAUUACUCCUCUUUAUUACAGGUUGUGUGAUUAUUCUCAUUUUCUUAGUGUUUCUCAGCGGUUUAUCAAUCACUCGAAUCACUUUUAUUUAAAUUUCUCUUACAUUGAUAACCAGUUGCAUUCGCAUUGUUUAAUCAAUAAUUCGUGUUACCAUGGACGAUUCGGUCUGACGUUCAGGCUUCAGGCCUGCUUUUAUUAGAUGAAUAUACGUUGGAUGUUUAGUUCAUCGUGGUUCCUUGUGACAAUUUGUACUUGCACGAGAAGCAUUUAUUUCGACGUUCAAAUUAAAUAAAUAACCAUAUUCAUUGUCUCAAUAAAAAAUAUCAAAUUGACAAAAAUAUUAAAUCGCAACUUAGUAUUACGUUAAUUUUAGCUCAAAAAUUUCAAUUUUGGUUAGAAGUUCAAACUCCCCUAAUAGAAAUGGUAAGAUUACACGUGAAGAAAGAUGAUGAGAGUCAAUUUUUAUAUGAUAACCACGUAGAAGUGCUUGUAGACGAUUUCAUAAGUGACAUCGUAGUCAUUUAAUUACAAUGGUUGUUUGAAAAUUUCAAGAAUUUGUUAUGGUAAAUUUGUUCUUAUGUAUUCUUAAAACAAAAGUAAGUUAGCAAAAAUACAAGUGUCCUAACGAAAGUAGCUCCCGAAUAAUAUAAAGUAGACUAAAUUAUAAACGUAUGUUUUAGGAAUCACUUAGAAUAUCUAUAUGUUAUAAUAAUAAUUACAUUCUAAUAGUUUAGAAAUACAAAAAAAGAUUAUUUUUUCAAGUCUAUUCCUUUGUAUAAGAUUUAAUACGCAAGGGUAAAUUUUUUAAAUUACAUUAUCUUAAUCGAUACCAUUAUUUUUUUCUUAAGAUGUUAAAGUUGUCCUGUUUUACCGAUAAUUUUCUAGCUAAUUAAUUUUUUAAUUGCAUUUACAGAAUUAAAAAUCCUUCUCCAGGAUUAAAGUAUAGACAAUAACAAAAACGGGUCGUAACAAUUUUGUAG